AUGUCGCCACCCCUACCCGUGCCAUCGAAAGCCGCGAUACGUGCGCUCCGCGGCCUCGCGUUAGGCACCUCGUGUGCACUUGGCCUCAUCGUGGAGGACCGACGCCGACGUAUCAGCACUCUAAGGACUGCUAUAAGCAAUAAGAAGAAAUUGAGGACGUCAAGGAAAUAUCAUGGAUCUGCAGGGGCAGCCGAAGCCACCAAAUAUCCCCUCGACGAUCUGCACAUCCUGUCGGGGGAAGAGCUACACUGGCAUUACCAACCAGACCUCCCUUUGCGCACUCAGGAUAGCGCUGCAACACCAUGUCGCUUGCAUGGAGAAGAUUCCACGAAACGAUUGCGCCUCGAAGGCCGAGCCGACACUCCAUCAAAAUCGACCGAGUCGCCUAUCGCGAUGGAGGAUAAAGGGCACCGCAAAGAAGCAUCGAGGCCAGCGCCUGGCAGACAAGCACGAACGGAAAUACCACCGCUACACCGUGCUUUUGCAACCUUGCCAAAUGUCAAAGAUACUGGUGGAUGGGCCCGCUCUCCUGCCACACCAAGAAAACCUCUUCCGAGCUUGAGGAUCGAGGAGAUCUCUCGACUUCCUGCCGUCGAGAUUCAGGAGCGGCUCGAGACGAAAGAGCUUCUUCCUACGACCUAUAUCACUGCCUUUGUCGAGGCAUCACAUAUGAAAAAGACGUUCAGAAACGGAAUAGACAAUGGGUGGCUCAAUGUCUCGGAAGCUCUGUGUCUUCAUUGCCAGGCAACCGGUCGGUGGCAAGAGGCGCAAGAUAUCCUCGCUGCCAUCGUCCAAGCUGGUCCAAUAAAUGAGGAACGCUUUUAUGCGCACAACCCCGUUCCGGUUGUUGAGUCGAUACUCUCAAGUCUUGACGGAGUAGGAAAGGAUGAGGCGUGUGGGAAGCUUCAAAAAGCCCUUCAGCUGUUCCUCACCAAGUUCUCAGAGAAGCCGACCACACAUGCGGACGAGGUAACAAGUCUUGGGAAGGCUAUUAUUUCUCGUCUUCUCGAAUUUCAUCGCCCAGGACUGGUCCACCAAGUGUACUGGAGGGUUCUGGGGCAACAAUCACAACCAGAGCACUUCGUCGCUUGGUUUAUUAAAGCCCUCUUCGACCACCACGAUCAUAAGUCUGUCGUCAAUUAUUUCAAGCUCAACUUUUCAAAGCUAUCGCCUGCUCUAUCUUCUUUCCGAGCCGUUGUUCAGAUGGUGCUUGAAUCUGUGGAUGCAAUGCAGGGAGCACAGGCACAACAAGUGACACGUGCGUUGGCCAGCAUGUGUUCUGCUACAGGAUUGACCCCGGAGGCCGUUUGGCUUACCAAGCUUUUGCAAGCUCACUGGAGUCGCUACAAAGACCUCGCAAAGUCCCAAGAAUUCUUCGACGAGCUGUCAUCGUUGGGACUUCUUGAUAGAACCAGCAACCCGGAGCAGAUUUACCAGAUUAUGGUCAAGCUCUCGGUCCUUGCUUCUGACUACCCUACAGCUAAGCAUUAUUAUCAGAAGACUGUCAUUCUGGCACCGCGGAUGCAAAAAGACAUCAGGCUCAAUGGCUCAAUGGCUCUCAUGCAGGCCAAGAACGGGGCUUGGGAUGAAGUUCUCACCGAGUUUUCCAAAAUGAAGGCUUACCGAAAAACCCAGCCAGACGCAUAUGGUCAGACCUUUGCAGCAGUGUUCAAAGUGUACAUGGAAACACAUCCGAUUUCUGAUGUCGAAGAUUUCAUCAAGCUCUAUAUGGAAGAGAUGGAUGUCUGUCUUCAUCGCUACCUUGUCACCAUGGUUGCAAACAAGUACAGCGAGAUACACGACCAUAAGGGCCUUUUAGCAUGGCUACAUUUCUGCAAAUCGGAAGGGUUCGCCCUGGACCCUGCAUUCGCCAAUGCAGUGCUCCGUAACUGUCGUUUGAAAUGGCAUGUCCCCUAUCCUGUUCUACGAAAGUUGUCUCUGGAGAUGCAGAAGCUAGACUCGGCUUGUGCUGACGACACCACAACGAGAAUCAUGCACAAUGCAGCUUUGGAAAGCGGCAACUAUUCCGGACGAAAUGUGCGCCAACGACUUCGCUCGUUGCCUACAUCGCCGAGCAAGCUCCCCUACUCGUUCAGAUCUGCAAACGAACGGGACGUGUUGCACGCGAUGACGGAGGAGCUAGUUCGGGGUCACGCUGCCAAGGUUAUUAUUUUAUACAAACGAGCCUUACGCUAUGGCAUGUCGUGGUCCCCCGAUUGCUUUCGUGUUGCGAUCAAAGCUUCCCUGCAGCAACAUGGGGAGAACUCGGUGGCAACUACCAUCAAACUCAUCAGUGAUACCCACGAGAGAGGCCAUGAUGUCACGGCAGCAGUCGCGGUGUUCCUCAAGGCGCAAAUUGAUCACAUUCGUGGCCCAUUUGAAGAGGUCGUCCACAACCUUCGAAAGCUCAUAACACAAUUUGAGGCCUUGGGGAUGCUCAUAGAUGCUUCAGUCCUCACACACUUCGCCAUCGCAUCUGCCAAGUUUGGUCAUUUUCACAAAGCAAUCAAUCUCUGCAAACUGGCCAUGGAGAAAAGGGGUACUUCGAACCCCUGUUCCUCGCGGCAGAGUCUCAGAGCUUUGCUCAUGGCUUAUUGGCAAACCUUGGAUGUUGAGGGUAUACGCUGGAUUAUUGAAUCGUUACCCUCAAGCCCUUUGGCAGCAGACAGGACGGCAUUCAGACUUCUCAAGGAAACAAGGAGGCAUAUGAAGAAAUGGCAACAAUCAGAACGUGUUGUGCAGAUCACCGAAUUGCUCCAGCAAGGCAUUGACGUGGCCAAACGGAGGCGGGCAGAACGGAUGGAAGAAGCGUCGGAAAUUUAUAGCGAGACGCUUCGCAUCAUGGGCGACGCGGUUGCCAACUUGGAGAAGGAACAGCGCAAUCAAGCAGGUCUGACGAGAAAUGAUUCCCACAUAGAGCAGCAGCCAGAAGAGAUACACUCACUCGACAGAGAGCAUCGAGUUCCGCUGGAGGCAUGCGGAUAG